AUGAGUUCCGGUAUCCGGCCACUUAGCCCCCAGCUGGAGGUAGUCGCUAAGAAGGAACUGGGGGAGGAGCCGAAGAGGAGAGCGAAGGACAUCCAGCACAUCAGGGACUGGAUGAAGAAGCAGCCCCACCUCAAGGCGCGCACGGAUGACCAGUGGAUCGUGACGUUUCUGCGAGGCUGCAAGUUCUCCCUGCAGCGCACCAAGGAGAAGCUGGACAUGUACUACACCAUGAAGACGGCCGCUCCGGAGUUCUACAAGAACCGAGACCCCUUCGACCCCAAAAUUCAGUACAUGCUCGACGCUGGGUUCAUCAGUUACCUGCCCAAGGUGGACAAAGAAGGGCGGCGCAUAACGGUUCUGCGCCUGGGCAGGCUGGACCCCAAGAAAGUGACCGCUGACUACCUCUUCCGGCUGCUUUUCAUGGGCGGCGACCUGUCCCUCAACGAGGACGACUCGGCCAUUGUCUGCGGUGCCACAGUCAUCCUCGACCUCAAGGACACCACGCUGGCGCACGCCGCCAUCUUCACUCCAUCCGCGGUCAAGAAAUCCAUGGCAGUCUACCAGGACGCGUACCCCUUCAGGCCAAAGGCGAUCCACUUCGUGAAUACUCCAAGCUUUUCCGAAGCCAUCACAGGACUCUUCCUGCCACUCAUGAAGCCCAAGCUCAGGAAGAGGGUAAUUAUUUUACAGAAGACUAGUUCGAGUACUCGGUUUCUCCCGGAUAUAGUUAAGGAACACUACGGUGCGGUCCUCGCGUCUGUGCCUGGUGUUGCAGCCCCAUGGCGUAAGCAGCUGGAGAGCUUCGCUGAGUACCUGAAGGAGGACGAGAAGUACGGCACGGACGAGUCCAAGAGGAUGGGGAAGCCCAAGACACGCAGCGACCUGUUCGGCGUCGAGGGAUCAUUCCGCCAGCUGGUCGUGGACUGA